AUGUCGAACCCGUAUUAUACCUCGAGCUCUGCGAGAAACAACUCGGGCAACACAAAUCCAUGGGCAUGGACAAACGCGCCUUGGACCCAGAGCAGUAACGGGAACAGCUUCUCUUGGAGCAAUAACUGUGGCAACACGACAUCGAACAAUUGUGGAAACACCACCAACACAAACUGCGGGAACACAGUGACCUACAAUAAUAACGGCACCAAGACCUUUCAUACCGGAGACAUCACAAGCAACGGCAGCGGUGGGAGCGCUACCUCAACUACAACUACGGCGGGUCGGAAUGAUUCAUCGACUGUAUCGGGAGGAAAUGGGUCGGGAGGAUCCAUAUCUUUGAGCUGA